UAUUAAUACCAAUUAUCAUAUAUUCUCAACUAUAAUACGUAUUAUUUGCAAUUUAAUGUUCUGAUACUACUUCCUGUUAGUUCAAUUGUAGGUAGCAUGUGAGUAGCAUGGUAAAAUAUGUUAGAGAGGUUAGGUAACCUACACGCUGUUUACAUUCAUAGUGCAUCGUCCAUCGUGCGUGGUGUUUAUUAUUAUUUAAUAUUGUAAAUCCGAAUAGUUUAAUUUAUAAACAAAUAUGAGACGUUUAUCAGAAGAAAGAACAAAGCUUGUGCUUGAAAAAUUAAAAAAAUAUAUUGGAGAAAAUAUAAAAAAUUUAAUAGACAGACCAGACGGCAUGUAUUGUUUUCGUGAAAAGAAGGAUAGAGUGUAUUAUGUUUCAGAAAAGAUUUUAAAAUUAGCUAAUACGAUUAAUCCAGAUAAUUUAGUUAGUUUAGGUAUUUGUCUUGGAAAGUUCACCAAGUCUGGCAAAUUUCAAUUACAUAUAACUGCUUUACAUUAUCUUGCUCCGUACGCUCAACAUAAACUUUGGGUUAAAUCUUCUGCGGAACAACAAUUUUUAUAUGGACAUCACGUCUUAAAAUCUGGAUUGGGACGUAUAACAGAAAAUACAGGACAAUAUCAAGGUGUAGUCGUUUAUUCUAUGAACGAUGUACCUCUGGGAUUUGGUGUGAUGGCUAAAAGCACGUUGGAUUGUAAAAAUGCAGAUCCUGUGGCAACAAUCUGCUUUCAUCAAGCAGAUAUUGGAGAAUAUCUUCGAUCCGAGGAUACAUUAUUAUAAUUUCAAGGUUUCUAGAUAUCAUUUCAUUGUAUAUAAAUUUUAAGAUGUUAUAUUUA